GUAGAGCCAGGCUACGUUCUAAUUUUAGUCUCUUUGUCACCUUGGUGACCGCUACGCCCGGCCAAUGAUGCUUCGUGCUCUUGGCUUUCCGCGUUCUCCUUUUCGCUGGAUGCGGGCCCAGACACUCCGAUGCCGCCUCGCUAUCACAGCCCGGGAAAGAAAGGGUCUCGCCAGCCGCGCCAUGAUGCCAGUGCCUCUCUCCUAUGCCAUUUUUGAUGGACCAUCAUCAGAUCCUCCACUUGUUUUCUUGCAUGGGCUGUUUGGAAGCAAAUCCAAUUUUUCAUCCCUCGUAAAAAAGUUAGUGCUCCAAACUGGUCGCAAGGUGCUAACAAUAGAUGCCCGCAACCAUGGGGAUAGUUCCCAUAGCCCCAUCAUGACCUAUGAAGCAAUGAGUGCUGACGUCCAUCUCAUUCUGAAACAGCUACAUCUCAGUAGGUGUGUCUUAAUUGGCCACAGCAUGGGCGGCAAGACAGCUAUGGUAUUCGCACUACAAUGGCCAGAACUGGUGGAGCGCUUAGUGUGUGUUGACAUCAGUCCUAGCCCAACAAAAGAUGUCAGUGGCUUUCAGGAGUUCAUUGCUGCCAUGAAAGCAGUGGAUAUCCCUAAAGGUAUUCCUCGUUCCACUGCACGUCGUAUGGCUGAAGAACAACUGCGCCCAACUAUUCAGGAGCCAACUAUCCUCUACUUUCUACUUACUAACCUAGUGAAUGCUGAGGACCAAUUUGUAUGGCGCGUGAAUCUAGCGGCCAUUUCACAACAUCUGAAUGACCUCAUGAGUUUUCCUGACUUCCAGACAUCUUAUUUAGGCCCUACUCUCUUUCUUGGGGGUUCCAAAUCUGGCUAUAUUAGUUCCAAUAACUACUCUGAGAUCAAGCGUCUCUUUCCUGAUGCUGAAAUCCAGCAUAUUCCCAAUGCAGGGCACUGGGUUCAUGCGGAUCAACCCCAAGAAUUCAUCACUGCCAUUUGCAACUUUCUUGCACUCCAUCCACUGUAAGAUUUCUGAACAGAUCUAUGCAAACUAUCCUCUC